UGUGUAUCCCUGAGCUGGUGGGGCAUACGGGAAGGAUGGGCUAAGCCAUGGGUCAACCACUGACUGUUGUGCCACCGUUCUUUCUGAUACCACAGGGAUGCCUGUGUGUCCAGCUGGGGUACAGGGCAACAGCAAUGAGUGCCGGGGUCGGGCAGAGGUGUUGGCAUGUGCCAGGGCACCUUUGGGAGCACUACCCUGUGCUGAAGCAGGGUCUGUGCUUGGUGCUGGCUGAGCUCCUGCCCUCUGUCACUCACAGGCAGCCCCCUCAGCUGCUGGAGCCCCCCAGCAGCCCCGUGUGCGACCCUGUGAAGCUGCGGAUGUUGCAGGACAUUGAUGACUCACAGCCCCACACUUGGACCUCCCAGUCCCGCUCCUUCCGCAAACUGGCCCGGCUGGUGGGCGCAGACAGCAUGGAGGAUGGUGAGGAUGAGCUUGAUAAAAAGCCCAGGGAUGCCCAUGGGUCCAGCUGGGGUAUGGUGGAGCAGCGGCAGCCCCCGCAGCCGCUGGAGCCCCCCAGAAGCCCCGGGUGUGAUCCUGGGAAGCUGCGGAUGUUAGAGGACGCUGAGGACUGGCAGCCCCGCACCGGGACCUCCCAGUCCCGCUCCUUCCGCAAACUGGCCCAGCUGACGGGCACAGAUGGCAGUGAGUUCCUGCAGGGCCUGGUGCUGGCUGGGGGUGAUGAACUGUGUUAGCCAGAAUCUGACAGAGGCUGUGGGGUGAUGUGUCACUAAAGGUUUGGUUUUGGCUCCCUUAAGGGCAGCUGAGCCAGCAGGAGCUGCCUGGGGCUGUGUGUGAGCUCGUGGUGGUGCCACUGGUCUGGGGCUGUGCUCUGUCCCAUGGCUGGGCAGGGCUGUGCAAUGGG